AUGCGUAUACUGCAAAGCAAAUUCCCGAUACACGGUGCCAUUGGUGCUGGAGGGGUCCUGAGAGAUCAUUUGGGUCAAUGGAUUGGUGGCUUUGCUGUCAAUUUAGGCCAGGGAGAAGUGCUUGAAGCAAGUUGUGGGAUCUUUUUUGGGUUGAAUUUGGCUGUUGAGAAAAAAGUAGAUGAUAUUGUUAUUGAGAUGGAUUCAGAGACUGCUGUGCUUCUUAUUCAGAGUAAGGUUUUGAAUGCUUGUCAUCCUAAUGCUGGGCUGGUCAGUAAAAGGCUUAUGAAUUUGUUUCGAAGGAUCAAGCUUCAACAUGUUAUGGAGUUACAAUAG